AUGGCGACCAGCGUGGAUGCGAAGCUCCUGAGGGCAACGAAGUUCCCUCCGGAGUUCAAUCAGAAGGUUGACAUGCAGAAGGUCAAUGUGGAGGUCAUGAAGAAAUGGAUCGCAGGCAAGAUCGCAGAAAUUCUGGGCAAUGAGGAUGAUGUCGUGAUUGAGUUGUGCUUCAAUCUCGUCGAAGGCGAACGCUUUCCCGACAUCAAGAAGAUGCAGAUUCAGCUCACCGGAUUCCUCGAGAAAGACACAGCGGCAUUCUGCAAGGAGCUAUGGAAGUUAUGCCUGAGCGCUCAGUCAAAUCCUCAAGGCGUCCCAAAGGAAUUGCUUGAAGCCAAGAAGUUGGAGUUGAUACAGGAAAAGGUUUGA